CUCCUGAAUCGGCCGUGGCUGCUAUUCAUUCAGCCUGCUGCGAUUCAAACCCGUUACCGUAAAGAUAUCCGUUCACACCGGGCGCCUGAUAUAUUCGCCUGUAGCUAGACUAACGGAGAGCAAGCAUGGCUGGUCGGCUACCGGCUUGUGUUGUGGACUGCGGCACGGGUUACACAAAGCUUGGUUAUGCAGGAAAUACAGAACCACAGUUCAUCAUACCUUCAUGUAUCGCAAUCAAAGAAUCAGCCAAGGUCGGGGACCAGGCUCAGCGCAGGAUGAUGAAGGGUGUCGACGACCUUGAUUUCUUCAUCGGAGAUGAAGCCAUCGAUAAACCAUCAUAUGCAACAAAGUGGCCGAUCCGUCACGGGAUCGUGGAGGACUGGGACCUGAUGGAGAGAUUUAUGGAGCAGAUCAUCUUCAAGUAUCUGCGGGCAGAACCUGAAGACCAUUACUUUCUUUUGACAGAGCCUCCACUCAACACACCUGAAAACAGAGAGUACACAGCAGAGAUCAUGUUUGAGUCCUUCAACGUCCCGGGUCUCUACAUUGCUGUUCAGGCUGUCCUGGCGCUGGCUGCCUCCUGGACGUCCCGACAGGUGGGAGAGCGGACGCUGACGGGGACUGUGAUCGACAGCGGAGACGGCGUCACGCACGUCAUCCCAGUGGCUGAGGGCUACGUCAUCGGUAGCUGCAUCAAGCACAUUCCCAUCGCUGGUCGAGACAUCACGUACUUCACCCAACAGCUGCUGAGGGAGCGAGAGGUCGGGAUCCCCCCGGAGCAGUCGCUGGAGACGGCUAAAGCUGUCAAGGAGCGGUUUAGCUACGUCUGCCCCGACCUCGUUAAGGAGUUCAAUAAGUACGACACAGACGGCUCCAAGUGGAUCAAACAGUACACGGGCAUCAACUCCAUAACCAAGAAGGAGUUCACCAUCGAUGUCGGCUACGAGCGCUUCCUGGGGCCUGAGAUCUUCUUCCACCCCGAGUUUGCCAACCCAGACUUCACCCAGCCGAUCUCAGAGGUGGUGGACGAGGUCAUCCAAAACUGCCCCAUCGAUGUCAGACGUCCGCUGUACAAGAACAUCGUGCUCUCCGGAGGCUCCACCAUGUUCAGGGACUUCGGCCGGCGCCUGCAGAGGGACCUCAAGAGGACCGUGGACGCACGACUGAAAAUGAGCGAGGAGCUGAGCGGCGGCAAGUUGAAGCCCAAACCCAUUGAUGUGCAAGUCAUCACUCAUCACAUGCAGAGGUACGCUGUCUGGUUCGGAGGAUCAAUGCUGGCGUCUACUCCCGAGUUUUACCAAGUGUGCCACACCAAGAAAGACUACGAGGAGAUCGGGCCGAGCAUCUGUCGCCACAACCCCGUAUUCGGAGUCAUGUCUUAGGCGUCGGAGCGGCGCAUUCAAGCGGAGGCGGAGGAGGGGAAAAAAACAAAAACGGAGGAAGCGCCGCGGAAGACCUCACAUGCUGUGGAAGUCCCAUGAGCCUUUGCACGGAUGCUCCGACGGGCCUGUUGAUUCGGAUUGAGCGGACCAAACAAAACUGCCAAAAUAACGGCGGCAAUCUCCUCAAAAAAUUAAGAGGAAAGAGGUGACUCAGCCCAAAGGAUCCUCAAAUAAAAUGUUUACUGCAAGUAGGUUAAUAAUAGGUGAUAAAGUUUAAUUUCUGCGUGCCUCGUAUAUGUACUUAUAAUAUCCUCACAGGGUUGUAAUAUGUAAUUAAUCAACAUGAGUCCUGUAUAAAUGCACUUCUCUGUGUAUAUGGGUUGGGUUCUUGCUAUAUGUUUUAAAGGGUUUGUUUCAGGACAUGCUUAGCGAGACAUCAUCGAAUAUUUUUUUGUCAUCAAAUGGGUACAAAAAAAUCACCAGGCAUACUGACCAUUCCUUUUUUUCUUUUUUUGUAUUUUUCUUUUUUAAUGUCCUUGGUAGGAAUUUAUUUGAAUUUAGAUUAUUCAAACAAAUCAGGCAUUUAAGAAAAAUAUUAUUAAUCUGUUCAAAUAAUUUCCCCAGGUUUCACUGUCUUCUUUUUCUUCUCGUAGCUUUUUUUAAGUUUGUAUUAAUCAUCUCUUGACCUACCUGUCUUGAAACAAAACAAACAAACAAAAAAAAGUCGUAUUAAUAUAUGAACAUGCAGUUUGGAUGACUGUUGUCGGACCGUCACUGUUGCCUAGAUCUCAGUUAUACUGGAUAGCCUUGUACUGUACCAAAUCUGGAUUUCAAUGCUGGCAUUCCAAUAAAUGCCAAGGAGAUAUUUCUA